ACGACCAUGCGCCCACCUUCGGAAUGAACUUGUUUUUGCCCACGACUCUCCUAAGGCGCGACAAGAUCCAUGGCGCACUCAUCAGUAUCGGCCUCUGCCAACAAUGAGGUUGCGGUCGACGCGCUGGACGAGCUUCGGCACAGUCACGAUGUCACCAGAAUAAACAGCCAAGUCGCCGAUGCACAUGAAAAGGGCGGCCGCGGAGACGUAGGGAACGGGGAUGCACGUAAACAGAGCCGCGGCGGCCGCAGAACCGAGAUCGAGCUCACGGACCAGACGAACCUGCUCCCGUUCAAGAAGAUCCUGGCUGUCUUCAGCGGGCUCGCACUCUGUGCACUUGUAUCGUGCCUCGACAGCACUAUCGUUGCGACUGCCCUACCGACCAUCUCUGCCGCGUUCAAUGCGGGAUCGGUCGUGUCCUGGGUGCCGUCGGCGUACCUGCUGACGUCCACGGCCUUCCAGCCGCUUUACGGCCGUUUUAGCGACAUAUUUGGCCGCAAGGCCGCAAUGUGCAUGGCGAUGGGCGCGUAUAUGUUUGGUUGUUUGCUCGCCGGCUUCUCGAAGUCGAUCAUUCAGCUGAUCAUAUUCAGAGGCAUCGCCGGUGCAGGUGGAGGUGGUAUUGUUAGUGUGCUGCAGAUCAUCAUCUCUGACGUGGUCAGCUUGAGAGACAGGGGAAAAUAUCAGGGCAUCAUUGGAGGCGUCAUCUCUCUGGGAUACGCUCUAGGGCCGGUUAUUGGAGGUUUGCUAGCCCAGAAGGCUUCUUGGAGGUGGUGUUUCUGGGUGACUUUGCCGGUAUCCGCCUUCGCAGUCGCGAUGGUCCUACUCGUUCUGCCUCUCAAACGCGUCGAGGGAAAUUUCCGCAGGAAGCUAAUGGUCAUCGACUACUUCGGCUGUGCUUUGACUCUGGUAGCAUGUGCACUCUUGCUGCUUCCGCUCAUUUGGGGUGGUGUAACAUUCCCUUGGACCUCGGCGGUGGUCUUGGCUCCACUUUGUAGUAGUGCAGUUGUCGUAGGAAUCUUCUGCCUCUGGGAAUGGAAAGGUGCGAAGCUGCCGAUCGUUCCAAUGUACAUUUUCAAACACGUCACCGUGACUGGUGUUUAUAUCACGAUGUUUAUCAACGGGAUGAUUUUUUUCUCUGCGCUUUAUUACCUUCCGCAGUUCUUUCAGGUCGCGCUUGCUUACUCGCCCAUCCGAUCGGGUGUCUUCCUUUUGCCCGUCUUAGUCAGUCAGACAGUGGCAAGUUUUUGCGCUGGUCAAAUUAUCAGCAAGACAGGCCGUUAUAGGACUGUUAUACAUAUCGGGUUCUCUGUGUGGGCAAUUGGAUGUGGAUGUGUCUCGACCAUCAAGCCUUCUACACCCAAGGGCCUUACUGUGUUCUUCAUGCUUAUGACCGGCACAGGAGGCGGCCAGACCUUGCAGACGACUACUGUUGCUGCCCAAGCCAGCGUGUCUCGCCGCGACAUGUCUGUUGUCACUGCUGUCCGUAACUUCGUAAGAUUGCUAGGUGGAACGCUGGCUCUUGCUAUCGGCUCGACUAUCAUCAACAACUCCCUCCAGCAUUCGAUGACGGAACUCAAUCUGCCCUCCUCGACAAUCAAGAAGAUCGUCGACGACCCAACGCUUCUCGGCGCACGGUUGACGGGUGCGAUGAACAGCACGUCGAACCCGCUGAGCGCGAUCGGUAUCUCGCCCGACGCGGCAGAUCACAUCCUCAACGGCUACAACAACGGCUUCCGGGUGGUGUUCAUCAUGAAUGCGGUGCUCGCGGCAAUUGCUACGAUCGUGAGCAUCCUCAUGAUCCGUCACAAGGAGCUGACGCGCGGAGACGAGGUGCAGCUGAGGGCGCGUGCGAAAAUGGAAGAUAAGGCGCAGGGGAGCAAUGAGAAGGAUGAUGCGCAGAACGAUAUCGAAAUGGGUACGCCUUACGCGCGAGAGGAAAGUGACCACAAGCAGGGUUCUCCGUCGAGCCCUGUAGAUGAAAAGUCAUGAUAUGCAUGACCACUCAUGACCGGCAUGAUCUGAGUCCAUACUUCUCCAUUCUCUAGAUCCGUAGAUUCGAUACUAGAUAGAUGCAUGGUCGAUCC